CUUCAAUGGAAAAUGUACGACUAGAAGAUCAACAGGUCCACCAACCAUCACUUGAUCCUCAACUAGCAGUAAAGGCUUUCAGGAAACAGUUUGGUACACUAUCAAAAUUGUUAUCAGUGUCUUCUAAUAGACUGGCAGUUGCUCCUGAAUUAUUUAGUGAAGGUCUCAUCACAUUUGAUUGUUAUAAGAAUGCUACUGAAGGAAGCAGCAAGACAGAGGAAGAGAAGAGUACAGGUCUAAUGAUAUCACUAAUGUCUACAAUCAGUACACAACCUGAAUUACUAACUGAACUGAUUAAUGUAUUAAACAGAAUAGAACCAUUUAAACUAAUAGCAACUAAACUAGUUGAAGCUUCUUAUCACUAACUUGCCUUUGAGUUUUAUUAUUAUUAUUAUUAUUAUUGUUGUUGUUGUUGUUGU